AAGAAUAACAAGUGGUUGAGGUGGUGAGGCUCAGAUCAUGUUACUCCUCCAUCCUUUCUUCACUGUUAAUGUGUCUUCCUGUUACAAGAGGUCUUUUGCGGGUCCAAGUUUUGCCUGUGGUGGAUGACUUGAAUGACUGCAAUGACGCUCCGGAGGAAUCUGGUUGGUAUUUUCUUCUGUCUCCUCUGUGGCAUCUCUUCUGGAGAUGUUGGGUGGCAGCUACCAAAUAAGAACUUCUCAGAAGCGGACAUCAGGAAAGAGCUUAACCAGGCUCUCCAGAUUGUGGACCAACCAACGUUCCAAGGAUGGAGGCCUGAGCUCAUAAAACAGGCUGUCCCCAGGAUGUACAUCGGAUUGGUUGAAUUAUGGCUUCAGUUCCAAAAUUUGCAGAAGGAGCAGGAAGAGGCAUGGAGGAAAGUGAAGAGGAUGACAAGAAUGUCUGCCGGGUCCUGCCACGAACUAAAAGAAAAUAUUACUGAACUCUUUAGCCGAGUGCCUGCCAGACUGGACCUCAUAGAGAAUCAGAUGGUAUCGAUACAAAAAAAAAUGGAAAAUAUGGAAGAAACGGUAAAACCGGAACCUGCAAACCAAGCCCCUGUUGACGCCAUUGAGCCCGCAAACCAUACAGAAGUAAACCAGACCAUCUCCGAGCCGCCGGCUCACAGGCCCUGCACCACAAAGACUUGUAGGGAAAACAUGACGGGGCGCAAGAAGGUCAAAAUUAGCAAUACCCAACUCGCCCACAAGGUGGCAGCCCUCACUGAGUUACUGAAUGGCCACAACGAGCUCCUGGAGGAACUGUACCAGCGGGUCACCGCACUGGAGGCGGCCCGGAAUACAGGCCCGGUGUCACCAAAGUCGAAGGAAGGGAGUGGAAGUGGCCAUUAAAUGGAGUCAGACCAGUAUUUACGUGAAGUUAGUCUAAAGAGGACCUGUCACUUUUAAACAAUUGGAUUGAGAGUUGUUAAAAAAAAUGUAUCUGCUUUAUUGAUCC